CAUUAAAAAUGGAGUUGCAGAUGCAUUUUCCAAACACGAAGAGAAGGGCAGAUAUCCUCAUCAUGACAUUCAACAGUGGAAAGAAUGCCUCCAGAACAUUUCAGGGAUAAUGGGCUACCAAUUCAACGGACAGAAUGAUUAAGGAGAAGCAAAAGAGAAAAAUUCCACUCCAAGUUGCAAAAUAUGCUGUGGGGCUUGAUGAGCUUGUGAAAGAUUUCCAUAGCUAUUGCCAGGCAAAUGGGCAGAUGAGAGAUAAAAUAAUUGGUAUCUUUGGAAUGGGAGGCUCUGGCAAGACCACUCUCGCCAAAGAUUUGUUCAAUCGCAAACAUUCAGAAUUUAGUGAAUCAACUAUCCAGUUUGAUGUGCGGGAAAAUGAUGUCAAAGGUGCGCUCACUUCUCUGCAAAGUAAACUUCUCAAUGAUUUAUUUCCUGUAAAUCAUCAUUCGUUUUGUAGUAUAGAAGAAGGAACUGCCCAUAUCAAGCAUAACUUUCAAGGGAGCCGUGAAUCAAGUUUCCUUAUAGUUAUAGAUGAUGUUGAUAAUCAGAUGCAACUAGAUGCUAUAUUACCCAUAGAUGCCCUGAAUCCCAAUAGUUUGGUGAUUGUCACAACCCGUGAUGAGAGGCUUCUUAUACAGGCCGGAGUAAGAGUCCGCUAUAAGAUGAAAGAAAUGAGUCCACAGCAUAGCAGACAACUCUUCUGUUGGCAUGCAUUUCAUAGGCAAUCUUGUAAAACUGGGUUUGAAAAUUUGGUAGACAGCUUUGUCAAAGCAUGUGGAGGUUUACCUCUUGCUCUUCGAGUAAUGGGUGGGCAUGUUUUUGGCAGCGACAAGGCUUAUUGGAAGUUGCAAUUAGAUCUUGUUAAGGCAAGACUACACAAAGACAUAAAAUAUACACUUAAGAUAAGCUAUGAUGCUUUGGAAGAGGAUGAAAAACAGAUCUUUAUGGAUAUAGCAUGCUUUUUCAUAGGGAAAAAGGUGAGCACGGCCAUAAGUAUAUGGAAGGCUUCAAAGUGGAGAGCUGAACAUGCGCUUCAGACCCUCAAAGACAAGUGCCUUGUUGAAGUGCAACUUUGUGUUGAUCGACAGGAUACCUUUUCUCUUCAUAUAAAAUACGAAUAUGAGCCAACAAUUGUUAUGAGAAUGCAUGACCACCUCAGGGACUUGGGGAGAGAAAUGGCAAACAAUGAAUCGAGCAAUCCUUGUCGACUGUGGCGUCGUAUAGAUCUUAUUGAAAUGCAAUAUAUUCUCACCCAGUCAGAAGGAAAGACUUUCAGAUAUUUCAAUGAAACUGCCAACCACAUGACAUAUCUUCUGGAGACUUCAAAGACAUCAACUGAUUUACAAUGGCUUGAACUUCAUUCUAAUUCCGGCCAUCGGGAUAUUCCUGACUGGAUUCCUCUACCAAAUUUGCACACUUUAAGACUUGAAGGAGUAUCACCUGCGAGAUUGUGGCAAAGGGAUGGCCAGGUUCCACUCAAGUUGAGAGAGCUAUAUUGCUGUUUUAAUGGUCAUUGUUAUCUGGGCUUCACCCGCCAUAUUUUUAUCACGGGUUUAAACGAACUGGUGAGUUUGUUUGGAAUGUUAAAAUAUCUGGAAAGUCUGUACCUACAAUUUGGAUCUGAAAUUCAAAUCUUAGAAUGGAAAUGCUUGCUAAAAUCUGUAAGAGAACUCACAAAUCUGAAAACAUUAGAGUUUGCAUCCUUAAACGUAGAAGGGGAAUUCAAUUUGAGCAACAGGGGAGAGACAACUGAUGAUCGUUUUUGUAUGAGAAGCCUUGAAGCCAUAACUCUGUGUUGUGCAUUCAAAACAAGGAAGGUCUCAAUUAGUGGACAGUUGUGUCCCACCCUUAAAUCUCUUAAACUUUAUUCUAUGGCAGAUCUAAUUGAAGUGGAUUUGGCAGGAGUAACCACACUGGAGUGUCUGGUGCUGUUGGACUGUGGAAACUUGAGAGAAGUAUUGGGCAGUGAUCUGUUAGAACUUGAAAUGUUCAGCAUAAAAUUAUGCCGGACUAUUAGAGAGUUGCCAAAUUUUGGGCAUGUCGGUUCUCUCAAGAGGAUCUAUAUUCGCCGCUGUCGGAACCUGCAGGAUAUAUCAGCCUUUGAAAAAUUGAAGGGAUUGAAGAGGAUUUGGAUUUCGUAUUGCCCAGAGCUUAAGGAUAUAAAUGCUCUUGAACAACUGAAGGGUUUGAAGAGAAUCUGGAUUGAGGAAUGUACAAAGCUGCAAGGUGUAAUAUGUUUUACAGAUAUGAAGGGGUUGAAGAGAAUCUUCAUCGGAGGUUGUGCAAGGCUGCAGAGUAUAGAAGGCAUUGAAUUUUUAAUAUGGUUGGAGAGCAUUAUCAUUACUGCAUGCCCGAAGCUGCAGAAUAUAAAGGGUAUUGAAGAAUUGAAAGGACUGAAGGAGAUGAUUAUUGCAGAUAGUCCUGUAAUAAAUUGCGUUGAAAGGUUGCAGAGAUUGCCGUGGGAUCUUACAAUUCUAGUGGGCAGAUCGGCCAUGUCAGAUUUAAUCGCAGAUGAAGAUGACUUCGCAUGGAGAUGGCCUCUGUCAGAUUUUAACGCAGAUAAAAUGGGCGACACAUUGUCUAUUGCAGAUGGUUUCUGUGAAAUAGAGUGUGAGAAGAUAAAUAAGAAACAUGUAGAGGAGAUGAUCAAUUCGUUUCAUAAAAAGCAACAUUCGCUCAGUACAUUCAUCUUUUGUGCAAUACUUAAUGGGUUACCUCGCAUAGGGAGCAACAUUUGUAAUGGGACCAGGAUUAUGGUCGAGGGGGAUCCUCUCCGAACACAUACAAAUCUCUGUAGUGAGCGUGCAUAUUGGAUAUAUGCGUGUGUGGUUAAUGAAGAAAAGCUUUCGAAACAUGACUCCUGGCUGCCAUCUUCUUGUGAUAUAGAGAAGGCGUUUUUAAUGGGAGUCAAGAAAGGUGAGGAGAGGAAAACCCUCCACAUAUUGGAAAGCUUAUUCGCUCAACUAUGCAUUAGCAAUAGAAUUGUGCCUAUUGACAAAGUUGCUGAGCAUGAGUAUGACGAAGUGGGGAAGGAGGGUGUGGACUAUGAUGAUUUGGUUCAGUAUGUUGACAAGGAUGAAGAAUAUGCUAGUGGUGACGAUGAUUAUAAUGAUGGUGUGAAUUCUAAUUGAAAAAAUUGUUAUUAGUUCCUGCUGAAACUAUAUAGCGGAGGGCACAGCUUUUAAACAGUGAUUAAAAGAUUUUUCCUCUGCAAAUCAUGAAUCAACUUUUGCUUCUGCCAGCAUUAAUUCUGAAGAUUUAGAAAACAAAUGUGCUCACAAUUAAAUAAAAUUUUGAUUGCAGGUUAUUGGGCUUAUAUUUACAAUUCUAGAAUGUUAGUACAAAUUUGUAAAUUCAUGAGACAAUAGAAUGCUCCACUAUCAAAAUUUCUGAUAUUGUUUUCAUCUUUUCCAAUAUCUUGUAGAUGUUGCACCUGCAGCAAAGCUUUGUGGAUCGACACAACAGCUAUCUUCUGUUCAUAAAUGCUUAUCUAGUCCCUAAAAUGCAUCAGAACAUAAAUUAUCUUCAUACACCAAAAUUUAUGUAUUGAUGUAUGCUAGAUAUCCUAGAUAUCCUAGAGACUAGUUGUUUCUCUGCUCUGAGUGUUCAACCAUUUUUCAACUUGAUUAACGAGGAAAAUGUGUAGUUUGUCUGCCAUACUUUUCAACCAUUUUUCACGUAGAUUAACGAGGAAAGAGUGAAGUUUUUCCGCCGUACUUUUAAAAUAUAAUCCCCAUAACUGUGGACGCGAGAAUAAGAACGACAGACGGGUCACGCUCUGCAUUUAAUAAGCAGGAGGUGCGAAACUGAUUCCUUUACGAAGAGCUGAGAAAUAACUAUCAGGACCAUUGCAUUAAACCAUAAAAUUCAUAGACAAAUCGAUUUUGAUUGUAGCUUUCUGGGCGGCUAACAAAUAGUUGACAUGACUAUUCCAAGCACAUAGCUGUUGAUAACUGACGCUGCUAGAGCAUGCAGCUCCAUGCAGUUCAUAACUGUUUUUUUAGCUUCCACCAUCAUACACCAGCAUGCAGCUAGCUUAAUUGAGGAUCAUAUAUUAUUAGUUAAUAGUUUUUUAUUUCUCGUGCAAAUAAAGCAUGCUAUGCAUGCAGUUGGACUAUUCUUAGAUUAGAGCUUUCUUUAGAACUGUUGGUUUCUUUUUCACCGAAUACUGAAUACUGUGUGCAGGAAAAGUGGGGUGAUGAAACUGAAAAUGUGAUUUCAAACUGGUCCACACACCAAUGGGACUCUUGGUGCAAGUUAUGGAGUUAUAUUGAAUAACUCAACUUCUCAAGGGAUGUUCCAUUUUUCUCUAUCUCACAAGACCCCUCAAGCCAAUGCCUUUGCUCUCAGAUCACUGAGCAAAGUGACUUCGGGAUGACAAUCAUGAGAAUGAGAGAUUUGAUCAAUCUAACAUGAAUGCAAUCCUAGAUGUGAAUGAUAUUAAACAUAGCAUAAAUCAAACUAGCAUGUAUAUGAUGAUUAAGAUGAAAUGAUUAGUAACAAAACUAUCUUAACAUACUAUACUAGUCUAACAUGAUUAUUAUGAUAAUAGAAAUGCCGAUUUAAGAUGCUAUGAAGAUUAUUUCUAUCAAAGAGAGGCUAAAUGCUUUAUAAAAAUGAGUAUUAAUUGGAUGCAUGAAACUUGGAUUAGCUUCUUAGUAAAGUGUCUAUAAGUUUGAUACUAAAGACUUGGAUAUGAAAAUGGAGGAAUGAGAGCUCUAUUUAUAGGAAAAACAGUGCAAUGAAUGGUCAAGAUUGGAUGAUCUUAUCAAGGGUCAGGAUUGAAAGUUAUCAAUCCAUGUUUACAAUUCUCACCAAUGAAAUGGUGACAAUUGUCAACAUAAGACUGCUUGAGAGGGGAUGUAAGAAGCAUUAAA